AUGCCCGCGGUCAUCGAGGAGAUGGAUACAACAUCAAACUUACAAGCUGCUAUGGAUGCAAGCGCGGCUGAUAAAAAGCGCAACAAGUUGGGUUAUCAUCGGACAUCUGUCGCUUGUGUACACUGCCGGCGCCGGAAGAUCCGAUGUUUAGUGGCAGCAGAUGAUGCUCAAGGGCGAUGCGAAAAUUGUAUUCGAUUGCGCAAAGAAUGUCAAUUUUUCCCUGUCGACCAACAACCUCCUGUGGAGAAGAAGUCGCGGCCCAGUUCGAGGCUAGAUGCCGGUUCCGCAGACCCUUCAGUGACAACGCCAAUGUCCUUGUCGUCAUCGCCCACGAGCUUGAACCCUGACUCGGUAGAAGCAUUCUAUCCAUAUGCUCAAGUGCCUAUGAACGCUUCAUCCGGAGAUAUGGCGGCUUUCAACCCCGGCGCAUUUGCGGCGACUCAGAUGCCAGGAUUUACACCUGAUCGACCUCUGGCACCGGGAGAAUUUUCCGGAAUGCCCACGAUGGAAGGCGGAGUUGCAUGGGAUGAAUUCACCACGAUAUCAGACCCACAAAUGUUGGCCACGAUGGCCGCAAACAAAGGCCAGAUGAUGAAUUUGACACCAAAUGCCUGGAAUACCGCAGCAGUACCAGCUGCAAUGUCUCCCGGUUCACCCAUGUCCGGCGCAUCACCAAUGACUGGCCAUGCGCAGCCGAUGAACCCCGGACCAGCUUAUGCGAUGCAACCUGACGGAUCAGUCUGGCCAGUACCGCCACAACCAUCAAGGGCAAUGAGUUACCCAGGACAAGACAUGGGUCCUUCAUACUCCGGUCACUUUCAACCGCAAAUGGCCCCGGACCUCAAACGGAGGAUGACUACACCUGCCCAUCCAAGCGCCUCCCUUGCUCCCGCUGGGCAUACAUCGGACGUGCAAGUGCCUCCAGGCGCGGUCCCCUAUCAGGCUCAGGCCGGUAUGGGCUUCACACAAUGGCCUCAAAUGAAUGCCAUGCCUAGUGGGAUGGGAGUGGUACCGUACCCAAUGUAUACUGGCGACGUCUCACAACAACAAUACGCUCACGCUCCGAUGGGCCACCCAGGACAGCCAGGAAGAUCGGGGCCUUGA